GAACAAUUCAAUUUACUACAGAACGAAGCUCUGACGAAGUCACGCGAGUAGAGGAGCAAACAUUGUAAAAGAUGUCUAAUUUCACCUUACACUAUAAUUUCGUUUCUUUAUUUAACUCCCGGACAAAAGUGAAAUACAAGGGCGGUGCCGUUACCCUCAUAUAUAACUUUAAUCUUACAGCCAUUCACCUGGCGCGACAGUUUUGUUCUGUUGUCAUUAUCGCUAAACCGUCAGAGAUUAAUGUAAAUAUCUAUUGUGUUCUGCAUGCACCAGAGACAGAAAAAAAUGAAAAUUUUCGUUCGAAUCACACAGAAUUUUUCUGUAAUUUAUGAAAAUCAUGAAUAGAACGAAUACGCAUUUGCCUAUUCUCAGCUAGAAGAUUAUAAUGAAAACAAUUUCAGGAGAUCCGUCCACAGAAUUUGGCUGAAUAUUUAUAAUCUUAGAUAAAUUACUCAUAAAUUACCAAGACUUCAUCUAAGGUGAUACUGACAAUAAAUAAAAAGCAUUUCUUACCUCCAGCGGCAGUGAUGUUCAUAUUGUGAUACAAAAGUUUGUGACUGUUAUGUAGUGAAGAGUGAACUGGCUCUUGCGCGAAGAUUAAGGAUAGCCAAUUGUCCUUUAGAUAUUGUAUCUGCUAAGUGGAUAGAAACGCGGCCAAGUUUCAAAAUGGGACGCAACAGCCUGAAAUAUCAGUUCUACGCAACAAUUUGCGCUAACAUACUCUCUAUUUCCUAUGGAACCUGUGUGGGAUGGCCAUCAGCAGCAUUCCUGGCACUUCAGUCUAAGGACUCGCCAUUACAAAGUGGCCCUUUGACAACAUCUGAAAUCUCCUGGGUAGGUUCCAUUCUCUGCAUCGGCGGAAUUUGUGGUAAUAUGUUCUUUGCCUGGUUGUCCGAUAAACUAGGCCGAAAAGUGUCCAUGCUUCUAGCUGUGCUUCCAUUACUGAUAAAUUGGGUACUUGUCACCCUGGCCACGAAUGUGUAUUAUUUGAUUUUCGCCCGAUUUCUAGGCGGAGUUUCUGGUGGAGCGGCUUACGUUUUAAUUCCUCUCUAUGUUACUGAAAUAGCUGAAGACCGAGUACGAGGCUCUCUAGGAGCCUGUUUGGUGUUUUCCAUCAAUAUUGGAAUGGUCUUGGCAUUUGUUUCGGGCAAUUAUGUCUCAUACAAUGUUGUUCCUUAUAUGUAUACAACGCUCGCUAUUAUGCAUCUGAUCAUAUUCGUGUUCUUCCCAGAAUCCCCGAUAUACCUUAUGAAGUUGCAAAAGGAGAAGGAGGCUGAAGCAUCUUUCCGAUACUUUAGAAAUAUAAGGAAAGUAUCUCAAAUCCCAGAAAGUUUCAAAGCUGAACUGGAGAAGCUAAAGAGCGAGUUUAUGGAAGAAAAGAAGAAAGACGAUGAAGCAGCGUUAAGUUGGGGAGACUUCAGUACUUCCGUUGCAAAGCGAACUAUUUUUAUCGGCCUAACGUUAAUGGCUCUGAAUCAACUGUGCGGUUGUUUCGCCAUGAUUAACUACACGGCCAACAUAUUCGCGGAAUCGGGAUCAUCACUCUCCCCAAACAUGUCAGCUAUAAUUGUAGGGGUCAUUCAACUGGUGGGCUCCUAUGUUUCUACCCUGCUUAUUGAACGAGCUGGCCGAAAGCCACUGUUACUGAUGUCUUGCCUUGGCAUGACUUGCGGUCACGUCAUCUUGGGGACAUAUACCUUUUUAAAAACGCUAGGCUAUGGCGUUGAAAUUGUCAACUGGAUACCCAUUUUAAGCUUUUCGUUAGUCAUAUUUGCGGGGUCUUCCGGUAUCCUGACAGUACCAUUUACGUUGCUCGCUGAGAUAAUGCCUCCAAAAAUUAAGAGUACUACAGUUUCCUUUUGUAUAGCUACAAAUUGGAUUUGCGCAUUUCUAAUGGUUAAGUACCUUCCCAUUCUGACUGUAGCCCUUCAACUUCAUGGUUGCAUUUUCAUAUUUGCAAUUUUUUCUGCUAUUGGUGUCAUAUUUGUGGUCGCAUUCAUCCCAGAGACAAAGGGCAAAAGUUUGGAAAUGAUAUUAGCAGGAAUGGAAGAAAAAACACGAAAAUUCUGGCGUUUAUUUAUCAUACAAUAUAUAGCUACAGCACUAAGUGUGAUCAUAAUGCAACUGAAACAGGCAUCCGCAAACCUUCUCUCUCUUUGCUAUGGAGCCUUUGUAGGAUGGCCCUCCGCUGCUUUUCUAUUGUUCCAAUCGGAAGACUCACCAUUUGAAAGUGGGCCACUCACAACCAACGAGAUAUCUUGGAUUGGUUCCAUCCUCUGCAUUGGUGGAAUAUUCGGGAAUAUUUUCUUCGGAUGGUUAUCAGACAAACUAGGAAGAAAGUUGUCUAUGCUGCUGGCAGUUCUGCCGUUGUUGAUAAGCUGGAUUCUCAUCAUUGUAGCUAAGAAUGCUGCAUACUUGAUUUUGUCACGAUUUCUAGGUGGUUUCGCUGGUGGAGCCAUAUUCAUUUUGGUACCACUUUAUGUAACGGAAAUCUCUGAAGACCGGAUACGAGGCUCUCUAGGAUCAUGUUUAGUUCUAUUUUGCAAUAUGGGAAUGCUACUUGCGUUUAUCUCAGGAAAUUAUAUGGCGUACAAUACUAGUCCAUACCUUUAUAUAGGACUCAUAGUUGUAUUCUUGAUUCUGUUUGUGUUCUUACCUGAAUCUCCAAUUUAUUUGAUGAAGUCACAGAAAGAAAUGGAGGCCGAAGAAUCGUUAAGAUACUAUAGAAACCUCCGAAAAAUAUCCCAACCCCCGGAGUGUUUCAAAACAGAAAUGGAGAAGCUAAAGUGUGAAUACAUUGAAGAGAAGAAGGCAAGCGAUGACACAGCAUUAAGUUGGAGUGACUUCAACAAUCCAGUGGCAAGACAGGUUAUAAUGAUAGGCAUAGCGUUGAUGGCUCUAAAUCAAUUCUGUGGCUGUUUUGCCAUGAUCAACUACACUGCCACGAUUUUCGAAAUAUCAGGAUCAUCGCUGUCUCCCAAUAUGUCAGCUAUCAUUGUGGGAGUCAUUCAGUUAUUAGGUUCCUAUGUUUCAACUUUACUUGUGGAAAGAGCUGGCCGAAAACUCCUUGUGAUGGUAUCGGCUUUUGGAACCGGAUUUGGGCAUAUCAGCCUUGGAAUGUUUUGUUACUUGAAAGCACUUGGCUGUGACGUGGAGAGCUUCAAGUGGGUCCCCAUCGCAAGUUUUUCGUUGGUCAUAUUUGCUGCUUCUUGGGGUGUCCUGACACUGCCCUUCAUGAUGUUGACAGAGAUAACACCUCUUAAAAUUCGGAACAUCACUGUUGCUCUCUGUAUGGCCUCUCUGUGGAUUUUCGCAUUUAUCCUGGUCAAGUACUUCCCAAUUGUUUCGGCAGUUUUGGAUCUUCAUGGAUGUCUUUUCAUAUUUGCUGGCUGCUGUUUUUCUGGCGCGUUGUUUGUAUUACUUUUCGUUCCUGAGACAAAAGGGAAGAGCUUAGAAUCAAUUAUAGCAUUUUUUGAAGCAAGGACAAAAUAAGUAUAAUUAACCGUAAUAGACACUAGCCUUCUAUUUAUUGUAGUCUUAACUUAGUUUAUAAG